GCCGCUGGAGGGAACUGUGGAGCUUACGCGUGGCCUCGCGCCUUUUCUUGGUGGCGGGAAAAGUGGGUCGAGGUUGGAGGGGCUUGCAGAAUUGUUGCAGUAGUUCUCUCUGUUCCUCGCUCCAGAAGAGCACAAAAGUGUAGCUUCUGAGCUGAAUGAUGACAACAUUGCAGAGUAAAGAAGAAUAUGGGAAAGGAUCAAAAAAACCCUUUAUCCCACCUGCACAAAAAUUGCAUAGCUUGAUGCCCUAUAACCCUAACUCACACAAAGAGGAGACUCUGGGGGUCAGUUCCCUGGAGGCAGAGGCCGGACCAAACCCCCUAAAGGCCAAGUUGGAGAAGAAGGAGGAGGAAGCAACCACAGUGAAUGGUUCAUGCAGUGACCAGGAGAAAAAAGUAAAGGUUCAAGACAACAAGCAAGCAGAGAAGAAAGAAAAGGAAAAAUCAAAUCUUACCAAUGAAGAGUUUGAGGAGAUUUUCCAGAUUGUGAUACAGAAGUCCCUCGAAGAGUGCUUGGGUAUGGCUUAUGAGACUUCCUGUGCCCAGCCUAUAAGACAUACCCAGUUAGACAAGGAACCAGGAAUUGCUUCUUCUACUACUGAUAAUGAUAAUGCUGAUAGAGAGUGGGUAACAGUACCUCAUAUUCUAGAGAUUUCAGCCUCUCAGGAAGAUGGAAUAAUCCCAUCUAAGCCAGGCCAGCCAGAUCUUGCAUCAUCUGAGAAGAAAUUCAGUAAACUCUCCUUAAGGAGAAGAAAGAAAAAAGCUCAAGAUGAGAAAAUGAAGAAAGCCCAGCGAGGACAUGAGCAUAAACAGGAAGACCAACUGAAGAAAAUGGUUCAGGAUCAUGUUCAGAUCAGGGACCAACAAAAAGGAGAGGAAAGUGGUUUUGGUCAGUGUCUAGUCUGGGUCCAGUGUUCCUCCCCAAACUGUGGGAAAUGGAGGCGGCUUCAUGGGAAUGCUGACCCCUCAGUCCUUCCAGAUAAUUGGUCCUGUGACCAGAAUACAGACUUGGAGUACAAUCACUGUGAUAUCCCUGAGGAGACCUGGAUAGGGCAUGAGGGUGAUGUGGCCUAUGCCUCCUACAUCCCAGGAUCCAUCAUCUGGGCCAAGCAAUAUGGUUACCCCUGGUGGCCAGGCAUGGUAGAAUUGGACCCUGACCUGGGGGAAUAUUUUCUUUUUGCUUCUCACCUUGAUUCCCUGCCGUCUAAGUACCAUGUGACAUUUUUUGGAGAAACAGUCUCUCGUGCUUGGAUCCCAGUCAACAUGCUAAAGAACUUUCAGGAGCUGUCUCUGGAGCUAGCUGGAGUGAAAAAGUGCAGGUACAAGGACUGCAGCCAGAAACUGGGGGCAGCCAUGAUAAUGGCUCAGGAGGCAGAACAGAUUGGUAUUCAGGAGCGGGUUAAAUUGUUUGGUUUCUGGAGCAGAUACAAUGGAUCUGACAAUAAUGGGGAAGGAAAAGACUUAAUGUUCACUGGGGCUAAGAGCCCAGAUUCCUUCUUGGAGAAAGAAGAGGAAGAGUCAGACUUGGAGAAGGAGGAGGAAAAGGAGGGAGAAAAAAAAGACCCAACUUUGCCUAGUCCCAAGCCAGCCAAAAUUCAGACAAAACUCCCCAAGGCAAGAGGCAUAGCAGAUGGACGAGAUGGGACUCAGCAAGGGAAGUCAGUGAAGAGAUCUCUUGGAAAUGAACCUGCAGCUGCUCCUGUACCCAUAAUGGGAAGGAAAAAAGUGCAUGGGAAUUCAGAUCCUGACCAGCCAGGCCCUGAGAAAAAGUUUAAAGCUCCCCAAAGCAAGGCUUUGGUAACCAGCUUGUCUGGAGAAAAAGAGGUUCUAAUGGUGUCAGAGGGCCUGAACCUACCAGCUCAUCACAGGGCCUGUCCUGCCACAGGGAAAGGAGAGCCUGGACCUCAAGAGCUACAGGAGGCUGGAAGCUUCCCUCCUGACGAUGAAGCCUCCAGUGACCUGGACCUUGAGCAACUCAUGGAAGAUGUUGGAGAAAAGCCAGCGCAGAGGAUGGAGCUGCAGCAUAGAGAUGACACGGAGGAGUUCACCUUCUUUGAGGAGUAGUUCUGUGCUCUCGUGUUCUCUCCCCUCUUCCCUGAGAGUAGGAGGGAGAGCCUCUCAAAGGGCCCCAGAGAAUUAUUGGGAUUGACCAUUGACUACAAGAUUAAUUCGCUAAAGUCAGGUUGUAUGGUUUAUGUGUUAAUAAAAUAGGUUACUGGCUUAA